UAUAUAGAGCUACGAACAGUUGAACCGAUCAGCAGUCAUCACAUCGCAGCGUUCAGUUCUUGUCAGCACUUCGUACUAGUAGCACAGCAUCAACCAUGGCCAGCAUCGUCCGUAAGAUCAUCUCCAGCAAGAAGGUGCCCAAGGCUCCGGCCCCGUACAACCAAGCCGUUGUGGCCGAUCGUACGGUGUACCUGUCCGGAGUCCUCGGCAUGGAGUUGGAAUCGCUGAAGCUGGUCGACGGUGGCCCCGCUCAAACUGCCAAGGCCCUGGAGAAUCUGACCCUGCUGCUCAAGGAGUCUGGGUCGGGAGUCGACAAGGUCGUCAAGACCACCAUCCUGCUGGCCAACAUGGACGAUUACGCCGCGGUCAACGACGAGUACAAGAGAGUGUUCUCGUCCAACUUCCCGGCCCGGACGUGCUUUGCUGUGAACAAGCUACCGCUGGGGGCGGCCGUCGAGAUUGAGGCCAUCGCGCUGACCGGCGAGGUGAUCCAGGUGUCCACGUGAUUCGGUUCGAGGUUCGGGUUGGUUUGGGCUGAUUUUUUUUAUCCAUCAACACCGGUGAUAAUCACGUGUGCAAAGUGAAGUGAAGUAAGAUUAGUUGCCAGGUUCUGGGCAAUGCGAAGUUGUUAAUUGAAGAGUCAAUAAAGAUUUUGCCGUGCAA